AUGCAUAGGAGAGGAAGAUUGAGAUGGAGGAACUUCUACGACAAGCAUUCGCUCUAUAUCAAGAAAUGUAUCGAAUCGCAACGAGAACAUUUUGAAGACGACGAGAGCUGCUUUCGACACGGGGACACGGGGAACUCGUCGUUGAUAUUUGACCGCAAUAUUUCGCAUCCUAACAUCCUGCUGUCGUUUCGCGAGGGUUCUCACGUGUUUGUGCGACCGAACGGCGCCGCGUGCCUCACACCGCUGGACGGACCUGGCGGCGUGCUUGCUCACGCGAAUUAUCCCACCGGAGGUGUCGAUCACGUCUCAGAAGUGCAUAUCGACAGAGCGGAAUCAUGGCAUAUAAAGAUCAAUAAAAAUCCCUCAAAGAAAUACAGUCUGUUAUACAUAUUGAUACAGGAGAUCGGCCACGCCCUAGGAUUGUCUCACAGCGAACGCAAAGGUUCGGUGAUGUACGCGUUUGCGCCAGAACGACCCAUUUUUCCGAUGAGACUCAAUCUGGAUAUCUCCAGUAUCUGGAGGAUACUCAACAUUCAACAAUUAUACGGUGAUUAUACGGUGAACAAUUAUACGGUGAAACAUCGGCGGCGACGACUACGCGGCCGUCAGUGA